AUGGCGUCCCCUCUCAACCUCGACAACCUCAACUAUGUGCAGCUGGUACCUUACAAUGGCUCCGGUCCCACGGGGGGCGACUCUCUGACGGAGAAUCUGAACAUUUGGUACGAGACUGGCGACGUAGGCUGGAUGAUCACGGCCACAGCGUUAGUAUUGCUGAUGGUUCCCGGUGUCGGUUUCUUCUACUCAGGAUUAGCAAGGAGGAAAUCGGCCCUGUCUCUCAUCUGGCUCUCGGUCAUGUCGGCAGCCGUCACCAGCUUCCAAUGGUUCUUCUGGGGCUAUUCUCUGACAUUUUCACACACCGCUGGCGCCUUCAUUGGCGAUCUUUCGAAUUUCGGCUUCAGGGACGUCCUCGCCCGUCCGUCCGUUGGCUCUGACCGCCUUCCCGAUCUUCUUUUCGCUGUCUACCAGGGCAUGUUCUCCUGCAUCACAGUCGCUCUCGCCACAGGUGCUGUGGCUGAGCGUGGACGCAUGCUGCCCUGCGUAAUCUUCAUGUUCAUCUGGGCCACCGUCAUCUACGACCCGAUCGCUUGUUGGACAUGGAACACCAGUGGCUGGUCCAACAAGAUGGGCGGUCUCGAUUUUGCGGGAGGAACGCCAGUGCACAUCGCCUCCGGCACCGCUGCUCUAGCAUACUCGAUGAUGCUGGGCAAGCGUCGUGGCCACGGCACGCACGAGCUCAACUACCGACCACACAACGUGACACAUAUUGUCAUCGGCACCGUCUUCCUUUGGGUCGGUUGGUUCGGUUUCAACGCCGGUUCGGCUUUGUCUGCCAAUAUGCGUGCUGUUAUCGCCGCUGUUGUCACUAACUUGGCAGCCUGCGUUGGCGGUAUAACUUGGUGCGUGUUGGACUACAGACUAGAGCGCAAGUGGUCCACCGUCGGCUUCUGUUCUGGGGUUGUUGCUGGCCUGGUCUCCAUCACACCUGGUUCUGGAUACGUCCCCGUUUGGGCUGCCGUACCUUUCGGCAUUCUUGGGGCUGCGUUUGCCAACUACGCCACAAAGCUCAAGUUCAUCCUCAGAAUCGACGACGCCCUUGACAUCUUCGCCGUCCACGGAAUCGGCGGUCUCGUUGGCAAUAUCUGCACUGCUUUUUUUGCCGCCAACUACAUUGCUCGCCUUGAUGGUGUUACCGAGAUUGACGGCGGCUGGAUUAACCACAACUGGAUCCAGCUUGGGUACCAGCUUGCCGAUUCGUUCAGCGGCGGUGCGUACUCGUUUUUUGGCACCUGUAUCAUCCUCUUCGUUAUGAACAUGAUCCCUGGUCUCCGCCUACGUGCCACCGAGGAGGCUGAGAUCCUUGGUAUUGAUGACGCCGAGAUCGGCGAGUUUGCCUACGACUAUGUGGAACUCACUAGAGAGGUGCUCAACGACAUGGAUAACGAGGCGGCCAGCCGGUAUUCGAAUGACAUAGGCUCAUUCCAGCCUAUAGAGAAGAACAACAGUAUUCCCUUGAUGGAUGCCCGCAACUUUGCUGGAUCAUCACAAUACCAACCACAGUUCGGUCACGCUCAGUGA